AUAAGAUUAAAGAGUUAAGUUUACAACAGUUUGAACAACUCGCAGCAGCCAUACUAAAAAGACAAGAGCAAAUAAAGAAAGAAAAUGACGCAGCCGUGGCUUCUAUACAAACAGAACCUGGAAUCGUUACAAGAACUAUCAGUAUUCAAGAAGGAAGCCAGUGGGUGCAAGAUGUCGAGACCAAGAGAGAUAGUCCUCGAAGCAUGCAACAAGAGUUGUCAACAGAUGUGGAAACAAAUGGGGACGAAGGGAACGUGCUCUCACUUGCAGAACAACAGCAAGAAUUUUACGAGGAUGCUCAGGACCCCGAUGCGGACGAUGAUACCGGCGACGGCGACAAAGAGAUUAAUUCAAAAGAAAACAGCACAGGCAGGGAUGACAGUGUUGAUGGACCAACUGAUAACGGGCAGAGUGAUGCCAUUGACGAAGCAAACGAGGAGAUUGAAAGAGAGCAAGAGACGGGAAAUACUAUCGAUGCUGGAGAGGAUGAAGAUUGUGGAGGUGAUAGCGGGGAUGACGAAGCCGUCGCAGCAGUUACCGACGAUCAACCUAAGUCAGAUAAUGUAUCCAGGGAGUCCGCAGCAGACAAAGACAGACCUUACACAGUGAAAUAUUUCAAGACGGCAAGAGACAUUGAUUUUAAACAAUGCACAGUAUACGGAUAUGUAUUCAAUGAAGAAAUGGGAGACACUUAUAACAGAUUGUGGAAAGAAGUAAAGAACGGACAUCACAAAAAAGUCGUCAUGAUAGCUAACUCAAUACAUGCUGAUGCACCGUGUGGAUGGCUAUUUAAAGACGCAAAGACACAUUGGCAUAUCAUCGUGUGGUUUGAACACUCGAAGCCUACAGAUACAAGUUUCCAUCGUAGUCUACUCAUAGAUAUGGACAUAAAAGGAAAGAAUUGGGACGGAGAGAUCAGAAGAACGGAGAGAUCAUAA